UCAAAACUUUCAUCCAAAUCAUGGACGUACUAAAAGUUUCCUUUGUGUUUUUCCUCUUUAUUUCUCUAUCAUCUGCCACCAAUGUCGUUGAUUUUUGCGUGGCGGAUUUAAGUUUUCCAGUUGGACCAGCAGGAUACCCUUGUAAGAAUCCUGCUAAGCUUACUGUCGAUGAUUUUGUUUAUUCUGGUCUUUCUGUUGCAGGUAACACAUCAAAUAUUUUCAAAGUUGGGAUAAAUGAAGCAUUUGAUGUCACGUUCCCGGCUUUGAACGGUCAAGGGAUUUCCAUGCUCCGAGCAGACAUUGGUGUAGGCGGAGUUGUCCCGCUACACUCACAUCGAGUUACGGAACUUAUCUUUAUGGUUGAGGGAACCAUGGUUUCCGGUUUUAUAGGGUCAGAUAACAAGCCAUAUUAUAAAAACAUGAAGAAGGGAGAUAUUAUGAUCAUACCACAAGGAUCAUACCAUUUCUCCGUUAACACCGGCAAUACUCCGGCCAUUGCAACGGCUACCUUUAACGGUGCAAAUCCUGGCAUACGGGUUGUUACAACAUCUAUAGCAGCCAACAAUUUACCCACGGAUAUUAUUCAGAAGGUCACUUUGUUGGAUGCUAAGCAAAUCCUUGACUUGAAAAAAAUAUUUGGGGGCUCCAAUUAAAAAAAGUCUAGGUGUAUGCUAGCUAGCUAUUAUUAAACGUGUGCAAUAACACAAGUUGUAUUUCAUCUAUUAAUAAAAAUAUAAAAAGUUCAA